GCAAUAAACAAAGCUGUCAUUUUUUUGUUUAUUUGUUGAUUCCAGAUUUUUGUUAACUGUGUUAUUUUUUAUUAUAAUAAAUAAAUUCAAUAUGUACGAUAGACUGGAUCAAAUAUUCCAACUUCAAAAGAUGUGUCUUAAUCAGUUGGAGGAAGCACAAAGGAAUUCAGAACAAUAUUCAUCGAACAUGAAAAUGUUGUCGGAGAAUAUGAAGACCAAUUGGCAAAAAAGCAACUACUUUUUAACGGAAUAUGAUUCUUUUGUUACCAACAUAACAGCUAUAAUGGAAGUCACCAGAAAGUAUAAUCUUCAAAUGUAUUUGCAUAAUAUAAAACUAACGGAAAUGCAGGCCUUAUUUACAAAAAUAAACCAAAAAGGUGAAACACAAAGUGGCAGUAUUAAUAAGAGCAAGUUAAAGGAAGCCGGAACUCAUUUGUACCCAGCUGAAGUAUUCGACAUAAAUUCAGAACCACCUGAUGAAGAUUUCGUAUAUCCCCGAUUCAAUUUGUCUGAAGUUUAUAAAGAAAAUGCAAUAAUAAGUGGAAGAGUGACAUCCAUUAAAAGUUUAAACGAUUUGACUUUUUACAUAUUUGACAGGUCCUCUAAAUACCGGGAUACUAUCGUAGAACUUGCUAAAUCCUUAGAAUUGCGCCAAUACCACGAUAUGCCCCCAGCCAAUGAAGUUUUUGGAUAUGUAUUAGAUAAGCAUAUUUUCCGUGCUGUACUAAGUUCUAAAAAUCUUUACGACGUUGAAAUGGACGAAGAGAUUUUUCCUGGCUAUAUCCUAGAUACUGGAGAAAUAUUACCUGUAAAAUCAAAUAGUAUUAUGUAUAGAUUAACGUUUGAACAGAAAAGUAUUCCAGCACAAGCCAUACCAUGUCAACUAAUAACAACCAAUAAAAACCCAUUUGUAGCUCAACAAGAAAUGGAAGAAAAAUUAAGGUCAUUAGAAUAUGCAAAUUGCUGCCAUUUUAAAAUAGUGUCAAUAGAAGACAAUAUUUUGCAAGUGGAGCUCGCCAACACUGACCCCGAUAAAACUAUUGAUAAUAGUUGCAUAGAUCCUGUAAGUGUAAGUUAUGCUCCCUUAAAUACAGGCCCAGACAAUGUGAAAUGCAAACAAUUAACAGAUGACGAAUUAGAAAUGCUGUAUGAAGAACCGCUAAACACUAGUAAUGCCAUGAAAGCAGUAAUGGGUUAUGAUCCUCAAGACGAUAAGCGUAUAUGUCGUUUUUAUGACCCUGAAAUCGGAGGAUGUUUUAAAGGUGUAAACUGUAAAUUAGAACAUACUUUACGUCAACCCGACGGCUGGACAAAGGAUGUUAUACCCGCAGCAUCAAUAAUAGAUUGCCGACAUCCCACAACCAUUUUUCCUCCUGGAAGUAUAAUCAAUAUAACACCCACCUAUAUCGGUCGAUUGGACAGAUUUUAUGCAAUAAUCAAUGAUCCUCUCCAAACUGCAACUCCACUCGUAUGGAAUGACGAAGACAUACCCUCUUGGAAACAUUUAAAAAAACCUCCUCAUAUGUUUGAACUCGUUUUAUCGCGUUACAUAGACGAUCUAUGGUAUCGAGCUAAAAUCAUGUCACACGACGACGAUUAUAAAAUGUUUAAAGUCCUUUACGUAGAUUAUGGAAACUAUCAGGUGGUACAUUUACGAAAUUUGGCUUCGAUAGAUAUGAGUAUAGCUCAAAUGCCAUAUCAAGCUAUUCUUUGCCGAAUUGAAGGUGUUCGUGAAAAGCAAUCUCUUUCAGUCGAUGAACGCAAAAAUGCCAUAGAAAUUUUAUGUGAAAUGAUCCUUAACAAAUCCAUGGAUGUUAAAGUUACAUCGCACUAUGAAGAUUUAUUUAUUUCUUUUAUAGACACUAAUGAAUACCCCAUACCCCAUAAAUUUGUUGAGAUGGGUUUUCUGGACUAUAACGAAAUUUAAAUCAAAAUAGCUUAAGUCUAUUCUAUUAUACUAUAAUUAUAUAUAAGAAAGUAUAUGCAUAUAUACGUGAAGAAUAUGUAUACUGUAAUAUAUCUUGAAAUAAACGUUUUUUAUUUAUUUUUACUAA